AUGACUAAUCUUGAACUAGUUAUAAUGGCUAAAGGACUUACUGAUAAAGAGCUGGAACAAAUUAUUGAGUCUGAUGAGUUCUGGGAGGAUUUCGACGUGAAUAAUACUGCAUCAUCGUCAUCUUCCACUUACGAAUACAAUGAAAAUACUAUUGAAAAGGAGGAUAAACGUGAUGCAUGCGAAAAACUUUUUACGUUUGGGGACCAGAGCGAUCAAGAAGAGGAAGACGAAGAGGAACUAAGUACCCACGAUACGGACAGUGAGCAGGAAUGGCAGCCGUCCGACGAACAAAAUGAAGACGAAGAACAUUCAGCUAGUACCAGUAAUGAAGAUGUGAAUUUAAACAGAAAGGAAGUUCCAAAAGCUUUGUAUGGAAAAGAUAGAACAAAAUGGUCUACUACUGCUCCAGUAAGAGGAAAGACUCUUGCAAAAAACAUCAUAAAAGUUUUGCCCGGUUUGAAAGGAAAUGCAGCACAACACAAACCUCAAUCUGCCUUACAAGCCUGGAAGUUGCUUCUGACAGAUGAAAUAUUUGGACAAAUUAUAACUCAUACUAAUACAAAAAUCAGAUCAGUUCAAAGUCAUUAUGGAAAGUUCAAGAAGAAGAGCAAUAGCAGGUCGGAAUUUCGGCCUUCAUUUAUUGGUGAAACUGACAAAACAGAAAUUGAGGCAUUUGUUGGUCUUCUAUACUUCCUUGGGUUAUACAAGUCAGGCCAUGAAGAUUUAAGGUCCCUUUGGGCUACUGAUGGAACGGGACGUGACAUAUUUAGAUGCACGAUGUCACUUGCUAGGUUCUCCUUUCUCUUAUGCUGCCUUCGAUUUGACGACGAACUAACACGAAAAGAAAGAAUGAAAAAUACCAAACUAGCCGCUUUAGGAAAUCUUUUUGAAGAAUUUAUCCAAAACUGUAAAGGAAACUACUCACCCGGGGAAUACUUGACCGUAGAUGAGAUCUCUGCAGUUCAAAUUGUUAAGGUGGCUGCGAUAGUUCCGGCAUUCCAGGUUGAAAACUAUCCAAAGUAA